AUGUCUGUCGAAACGAUUACUACGAUUUCCCCAACUACGAACAAACCAGUAUGCACUCGUAAUGGGAUAUCAGCUGCAGAUCUGGACUCUCUUCCAACCAUUGCCACUGAGGCCUUCCAAAGCUAUCGCAAGACUUCUUUGGCGGAAAGACAGGCGAUUGUAAAGAAAGCUUUGAAACUUCUGGAUGAUAAGCAAGAUGAGCUAGCAAAAGAACUCACAGAGCAGAUGGGCAGGCCUAUUGCUUACACCGCGAAAGAAAUCACAACUGCAGUCAAGAGAGGAGAAUACCUCUUAAAGAUCAGCGAGGAGGCUCUGAAGGACACAGAUGGAGAGCCAGAGAAGGGUUUCAAAAGAUUUAUUCGUAAAGUACCAGUUGGACCUGUGUUGGUACUCUUCGCAUGGAAUUAUCCAUACCUAAUUCUGGUCAACUCCCUGAUUCCAGCACUUCUUGCUGGAAACUCAGUGAUACUCAAGCCGUCCCCACAAACUCCUACCAUCGUCGAGCAGAUAUCCAAAAUCUUCCUUGAGGCAGGCCUCCCGGAAAAUGUAAUUCAAUACUUCCACUGCGGAUCGUCCCUCAUAAUCGAGGCGAUUGUUAGGAACCCAAAAAUCUCCUUGGUCUGCUUUACUGGAUCUGUUGCUGGAGGCCUAGCAGUUCAGAGUGCAGCUUCCGACCGGAUUGUCAACGUUGGUUUAGAAUUAGGAGGAAAAGAUCCAGCAUACAUUCGAUCCGACGUCGAUGUGGCAUGGGCGGCAGAGGAGAUUGUAGACGGAGCUGUGUUCAACUCAGGUCAAAGCUGUUGCAGUCUUGAGCGAAUAUACGUUCAUGAGAGCAUCCAUGAUAAGUUCGUCGAAGCUGUACAGGGCGUACUGAAGAACUACAAACUUGGCGAUCCCUUCGACAAGGAAACCCACGUCGGUCCGGUGGUAUCAAAGCGAUCGAAGGAAACAAUUGAAGCGCACAUCAAAGAGGCUUUGGAGAAAGGGGCGAAGGAUUCAACUCCCAAAAACGAGUCAUUCGAGUCACCACCACCCGAUGGCAAUUUCGUCAAACCCACUUUACUAACAAACGUUGAUCACACCAUGACAGUUAUGACCGAAGAGACUUUCGGCCCUGUCAUUCCUGUGAUGAAGGUCAAGAGCGACGAAGAGGCAAUCAAGCUCAUGAACGAUAGUCAGUUCGGCUUGACCGCCUCCAUCUGGACCAAAGAUACACAAAAUGGAGCCGAACUCGCCGAGUCAGUGGAUGCUGGAACUGUUUUCGUCAAUAGAUGCGAUUAUCCUAGCCCGGAUCUCGCAUGGACUGGGUGGAAAAACUCUGGGAAGGGAGUAACACUCAGCAAAUUUGGAUUUGAUCAGUUUGUCAAACUGAAGAACUUCCACGUUAAAGAAUAUCCUAAAUGA